AUGACCAUCGCUGAGCACGCCAGCAUGCGCGUCGAGGACACGUCGGCACCCGUAGGCUUCUGGGGCCCGCCCACCUCGACUAUCGACUGGUGCGAGCUCAAUUAUGAGCACAGUUACUACAUCGCCGAGUUCUGGAACACCAUCAGCAACUCGCUGUUCGUGUUGCUUGGACUCUACGGCCUUUAUCGCAGCGUCAAGAUGGGCUUCGAGCCGCGCUUCCAUCUACAGUUCAUCGGCGUUAUGGCGACAGGCUUUGGGUCUGCCAUGUUUCACGGCACGCUGCAGCACGUGUACCAGCAGUGUGACGAGACGCCCAUGGUUUGGACCAUUCUCGUGUGGAUCUACAUCGUGUACAACAACGAGAUCGAGCAGAUCCCCAUCAAGAAUGCCAGUAAUUACGUCAUAGCCUUCCUGACGAUAACCGGCGCUGUAUUCACCGUGAUCCACGCCAUCUACCGCUUCACGACUGUCUUCCAAGUUUUCUUCGGCAUCCUGGCUGUGUCGGCGUGCGUGCGUCUGUGCAUGCACUACGCUGAGGUGAAGGACCCUCGCGCACGAGCUGUAGCGUGGUCUUACGUGACGUCAGGGCUCAUUGGCUUCGCAUUCUGGAUGCUGGACUACCACUACUGCCACACGCUCCGCGGACUGCCAGUAAAUCCUCAGGGUCAUGCGUGGUGGCACAUAUUCAUGGGCGUUUCCUCUUAUCACGGCCCGAUCUUCAUGCAGUACGUUCGCAUGGAGCAGCUCAAGAAGAAGGUUUAUAUUCAAGACACUGGUCUCGGCAUCCAGACCAUCGUCGUCGACCCAGUGAGCCCCAAGAAGCCCAAGCAGUUGUAA